ACGCGCGGCGUUCAUAACCGUUAUUCCAGCCGGCCCCUCCCCCUUCGCAGACGGCCGAAGGAGACAAGAUGGCGGCGAAGAGCGGAAAAAGCGGUUUUCUGUCCAAAUGGAAGAUCGAUGACAAGCCAAUUAAGAUUGACAAGUGGGAUGGUGCAGCUGUGAAAAAUGCUUUGGACGAUGCUGCUAAAAAGGUCCUUUUGGAGAAGUACGGGUAUGAGGAGAAUUAUGGACUGAUCGAUGGGCGACUCCUCAUUUGCACAAUUUCCUGUGUCUUUGCAAUAAUUGCACUAAUUUGGGACUACAUGCACCCUUUUCCUGAGUCGAAGAGUGUCCUUGCAGGUUGUGUCCUUUCCUAUUUUGUUAUGAUGGGGAUUCUUACGUUUUAUACCUCUUACAAAGAGAGAAGCAUAUUUUUAAUUGCCAUACAGAAAGACCCAGCUGGAUUGGAUCCCGGUGACAUCUGGCAACUCUCAUCAUCUCUGCGGAGGUUUGAUGAUCAGUACACCUUGAAGAUGACUUUCAUUGAUGGGCGAACCAACCAGGAGCGGGAGAGGGAGUUCACCAAGUCUCUCGAGUACUUCUUUGAUGAAUCUGGUACCCUGGUUAUGGAUUUGUUUGAGGUGGAAGUGUCCAAGCUUCAUGAUUCCUUGGGGAAGAAGAAAAAAAUUAAAUAAGAACAUGUGUGCUUCUUUGCAUUAUGUUGUAUUGCUGAGAUAAUGCUUGCAAAGAAAAGGGGAGAAAAAAAACACUUUGUGGAAAUAUCUUUGUUGUGAUUGCACCCUCUUCAACACUGAUUCUCCUUUGGAUUGGAGGAGCACUUCACAUUUUCUAAAUUCGUUCGGCCGCGGCAACUUGCAUUUAUACAAUGCCUUCAGCUUUGUGGAAGGGUCAGGUGUGAUGCCACAACUUCAACUGGUCUGGUCCAACCUUAGACUGUCUCUACUGAAAAAUGAUGGAUUUGGUGCCUAGGGAUUGGAGUUUGUGGGUGGGCAAAGGGGUUUUCAUGUUUCCAAUAUAGUUAGAGGACUGGCUGGAAGGGAUAGCAAGGAUGCAUUCUUGGAAAAUAUAGAUGUUCAAAUACAGACUAUCUUGAGAAAAUACAGUGCAACCUUCCUACUGCUGUGACACAUACUGUUUAUUCCUUGCACAUGAAGUUUUGUCAACAACUACUUAUCCUUUGUUAAUAUCCAUUAUAGAACGUGGGGGCAGAAAUAGUUGGUAUCAUUCAGGGGAGCUGUAACAGAGGGGACAACGAACCAGUUUUGGCCUUUCAGUUGAGAUUGUUGCCUUGUGCCAGAUACCACAGAACAAUCAACCUUUUGGAGUUGUGCUCACUUUGAGUAGGGAGUUAGAGGAAUUUGUUGACUGGACUGUUUGAUGUCAUGAGCUGUGCACUUUCUGUUGGGCAGAAGUGGACUUUGGCCAGUAUCUCUUGAUUUUCCAAUGGGCUGUGUAGGUCCAGAUUGUAAUCUGCUGGGAUGACCUUUAAAGAGGGCUGUCUUGUGUUUCUAGCCCAUUUGCACUAAAGUAAUGAGCAGUGAGCUAGAGAAUGAACCAGUGCAGCUACUGCACAUUGUCCCUCAGUGACUCCAAGGACAUGGUUCAGGUGAGGUUAAGCUUCAAUGUAUCAGAAUCUGUAAUUCCAGUGAUGGUAGAUGAGUUCAAACUAUCACUGCUGUCAAUUUCUUCUGCUCUUCAAAAUAGUGCUGAUCCAAGAAUGGCAAUGGAGUUUUCUUUCUAACAUCUGGCUGGUGGACAUCCCACUUUACAGAUGUCAUCUCUUGUCAGUGCCAAGCUGUAUUGGUAUUGCUAGGCCUCUCUGAGGUAUUACUGAUUCCCACCUGGAGAUUAAGCCUAAUCAAACUUUAGCAACAGUGUUUUCAGAAGAGAAUUGAUCCCAACAAAGUGACAUGUCUACUUAACCAACACUGCACACAUCCUUGUAGAUGCUGGUUACAUUUUUUGGGAGGAAGAGCAGAAACUGUUUGCAUUGUUCAGUUCCUUUAUUCUAUUUAUUUUUAAAGUUUCACACAGCAAACCUUCGACAAGUUAGAGUCAAAGCAAUUGUAUUUUUAUACCCUCCACUCUAAAUUGUUCUGAUAUUGGUCGAAUAAAAUAGAACAAGGCAGUGGGCAAGCAGUUGGCUGCCUCUAUUUAGGGGAAACGUCUAAGAUUUAUUGUGGGGGGUUUGUGACCUAUCCCAGGCAGCGGUAAUCAGUGUCUUCGGUCUCUUGUGUUCUGUCUAAAAUCUUGUCACAGUGUAGAUCGGCCUGUAAUGACUCUAAAGAAACUUGCCCUUCAAUGCUGAAUGGUGUAAUGAGUGAAAGUGAGAGUAUUUGUGGAGCAGCAUUGUCCCUUUGUGUGUCCUUUGAAAAAAAAAGUCUCAAACGUGUUCAUCUACACAGCCCCUUUUGUGACUUGGGAUUUCUCAGAAGUGCCCAACAGCCAGUGAAAGUACUCUUUUGAAGGGUUAUCUUGACAGAAUGUGGGGAAAUAUGGCAUGCAAUCAACAACUGAUCAAAAUGUUGUUCAUUCCUCAAGCCCACUUAAUGGGCAAAGGCACUGAAGCAUAGAAUACCAUUGUCUGUGUUGCCCUCCAAGUCUGUCAUCGUUUUGAUCUGGAUGUUUGCUGAAGCUAGCUCUGAAGCAUUCUAUCUCUGCCAUUGAGUACUUGGACCAUAAAUAAUAUAUCCUUAGAAGAUAAUGGUAGAUCUUGAACUAUUGGUAGCUGUUUGGUACAAUAUUUGAUUUUGAGAGACCAUUUUGAGUUGAGAAUCAUCUAUAUUCGUAUUCGACUGAAAUUACACACGGUACCAAAGUGUAUAGAUAUAUUUUCUGACCGUCUAACAGCUUCAAAGAUACUUUACUGAUACUAGAUUUUUUUUCAAACUGCCCUGUUGGAGAUUUGAACUUCUGUUCCAAUGAACAGCUACUCCUGUAAUAUGACAUUCCACCCUUUUGGGAGUGGAAAAAGGUUUUAAGUGUGAAUACUGGUUUUAUCUGGCUGUGGUCUCUUAGAAACUGUUGAAAUCAAAUCUACUUUGUUCACUGGUAAUUUUAAUGUGAUUGAUUAGACAGUAUUCCAUUAUCUUAUAAUUUGUGAAAGUUAGUGAUUAUCCUAUAAGAACUUGCAUUGACAUUGCAUCUUUACACAGGAAACUAUCCUGUGCACUUUACAGGACAAUGGAUUGAGCUACUGAGCUGAUGUUAGCACAUAUGACCAGGGUUUCAUGAACGGUGUUGAUUCAAGUUGGAAUUGUACCAUUUGUUUUAUGUUGCCUGUGCAUAAUCUUUCUACCAAAAUUAAUUACUUCGUAAUUCACUGCACUAAAUUUCAACAGCCACACAUCUGUUCAUUUUAUCAACUGCUCUGUAUUAUCCUCAUAGUUCACAAUACAAAUUUCCAACAGUA